AUGCCUACUUGCACCACACCAUCAUCAUCGCUGAUGCUAACGUAUGCCGCAUCUACAGUACACACGCAAGACCUUACUCCUUCCAUUCUAUCCUUCAAACCCAACAAGCCUACCUUUUCUCUUUACCCACUUGUUCUGAAUGCUUCUAGAGACAGAAAAUCCGGCCUCAAAUGGGCUAAUCUAUGUCCCCAACGAGAUCCCAAGCAUGUUGUUGUAGCUGCCAUGGCUGCGGGGGAAAAAGGACUGGCUAAGGCUGCAACUAUUACUGCCCCGUCUAAGCGCAAGAAUGGAAAGGCCGCGUUGCCUCUUAAGAGAGACAGAAUGAGGUCUAAGAGAUUCUUGGAAAUUCAAAAAUUAAGGGAAAAUAAAAAGGAGUAUGAUCUAAAGACAGCAAUAUCUUUUUUAAAGGAAAUGACAAGUACAAAGUUUGUAGAGACAGCUGAAGCCCAUUUCCGCCUUAACAUUGAUCCUAAGUAUAAUGAUCAACAGCUGAGAGCGACGGUGAAUUUGCCCAAGGGAACUGGGCAAACGGUUAAAGUGGCUGUUCUUACUCAAGGUGAAAAGUUCGAUGACGCAAAAAAUGCAGGAGCAGAUAUUGUCGGUGGUGAGGACUUGAUUGAACAGAUAAAAGGAGGAUUCAUGGAAUUUGACAAAUUAAUUGCUUCCCCAGAUAUGAUGGUUAAGGUUGCAAGUCUCGGAAAGAUUUUAGGACCACGUGGGCUCAUGCCAAAUCCCAAAGCUGCUACUGUUACACCCAAUAUACCUCAGGCCAUAGAAGAAUUCAAAAAGGGAAAAGUAGAAUACAGAGCUGAUAAAACUGGGAUUGUUCACAUAUGUUUUGGGAAAGUUGACUUCUCUGAAGAUGACCUUCUCGUGAACUUCCUUGCUGCAGUAAAAUCAAUUGAAACAAACAAGCCAAAAGGUGCAAAGGGAGUAUACUGGAAAAGUGCACACAUAUGCACGUCAAUGGGUCCUUCGAUCAGGUUAAAUAUAAGGGAGAUGCUUGAUUACAAGCUUCCAUCAAACAUUAUAUGAACAUGACUGACUAACUGCUGUAAAUAUCUUCAACCCUUCAAUCAGCCAAUUUGGGCACUCAGUCAGAGCAUCCAGUGGGUUAGUGGAAAUGGGCAGGGAGUAAGUAGGUGGGAGAAUGGAGAGCUGUGAUUGUUUAGAACAAAUCGUACUGAAAUCAUGCAUACCAGAUUAUCAUUCUGUAUACGCACUGGGACUCGUACCAUCAUAUGAUUAAUAACAUCAAUUUUAUUUUUCUUAUUUGGAGGUGUUUUUGAGUAAA